AACUCGGAGAGGCUCGUCGCGAUGCCUCUGCACAAGUUCCCGGUCGGCCUGUGGAAGCAGCUCCGGCUGCGGGAAGGUAUCUGCUCCCGCUUGCCCCGGCACUACCUGCGCUCCCUGGAGGAGGCGCGGACGCCCACUCCCGUGCACUACAGGCCUCACGGGGUUAAGUUCAAGAUCAACCCGAAGAAUGGGCAGCGAGAGCGUGUAGAGGAUGUACCCAUUCCCAUUUACUAUCCCCCAGAAUCCCAGCUGGGGCUCUGGGGUGGGGAGGGCUGGAUCCUGGGCCAUAGAUACAUCAACAACGACAAGCUCUCAAAGAGGGUGAAGAAGGUGUGGAAGCCACAGCUGUUUGAGCGUGAGCUCUACAGUGAGAUCCUGGACACGAAAUUCACCAUCACAGUGACCCAGCGGACCCUGGACCUCAUUGACGAGGCCUACGGGUUUGACUUCUACAUCCUCAAGACUCCAAAGGAGGACCUGUGCUCCAAGUUCGGGAUGGACCUGAAGCGAGGGAUGCUGCUGCGGCUCGCCCGACAGGACCCCCGGUUGCACCCAGACAACCCCAAGAAGAGGGCAGCCAUCUACGACAAGUACAAGGAGUUUGUCAUCCCGGAGGCAGAAGCCGAGUGGGUCGGCCUGACACUAGAUGAGGCUGUGGAGAAGCAGAGGCUCCUGGAGGAGAAGGACCCGACUCCUCUGUUCAAGGUCUACGUGGAGGAGCUGAUUGGGCGGCUGCAGCAGCAGACACUGUCGGAGCCCAUGGUGGUGCACAAGGGAGCCAGCAAGAAAUGACUGCACGGUGACCCAGGCCUGACAGCCAUGCUCAGC